GAUACGCAUGAAAUCCGCAUCAACUACGCAUACUUACGCAUUAAACAACUGUAUGUCAGAUAGAAAAUCGAUUGAACGGAUGGACCACUCCGCAUGCAUUAAAUAACAACUUGUUUGCACCAGAACUGAUAGGUCCCCAUCGUUAUAUUGAGGCUGUCCGUCCGUUUUCUCAACAUCUUCCAACAUAAGUUCACAGCAUCGUUCAUUCUCGUGGCUUCCUCCACCCUUUAUAAAGAUUUGACCUGGACCCAGUUGCACACAAACCCCAUCGCUGUCAGCAUAUCAUUGACGUGUUUGAACUAAACUCAUCAAACUUUCUUGUGCUCAAUCUAUUCGGGCUCAUCGGGGACCUCGCUAGGUACCACAAUUACUACGGUAGUCAGCAUCUCCUAUCAAAUAUCGUGGUACAAGGAUAGAAUACCCAUCAAUCAUUCGACGUUUCGUACCAGGGUUGCAGUGUUGACUUUCGCAAUGCAGCAGACCUCUACUCCUGUGCCUCAUAUGUUUUGGUCGGCGAGCAAUUCAUCCACAUCCACAUCAAAUCUGACCACUAGAGCUAUGGAUUCCAUUUCUCCCAUAAAAACGCCUUCGACGAGUAAUGCUUCAUCACUCUCGCCAACUUCCGAUCAUGCGCCUGAGAAACAAGGCGAAAGACAGCUAGCAGUCGUUCCGGACCAUCAAAAGGACCGGAUUACAGUCCCGUCAGCAUGCGUCGCUUGUCGCUCCAAGCACCUCAAAUGCGAUGGCUUUAGUCCAUGUUCUAGAUGCUCUUCUAAUGAAUAUGAAUGUAUCUACGUGAGAAGUCGUCGAGGCUUUAAGGGUCCAAGACGUAAUGGGGCUCAGAAUAAGACGGCGGCGUCGACGUCAACUCAAUCAAACAAUUCCAGAGCUUGUCCAUUAGUUCGACCAGGGACAUCUACAACCAUCAAUACCACCGGUAAUUCGGUCAACAUUCCCAGUGGACUAGCUACACCUCCCGACAAUAGACUACAGACACUACCGUUCGGUCCGGCAAAUCCUCCAUCUUAUGGUGUUAAUAGAGAUCAAACGGUUUUAGACGUCAAUAAACCUCAAUACAACGGAUUAGAUCUUCGACAAAAAUGCAUCGAAGCAUUCUAUUAUCAUUUUUGGCCCGCACAUCCAUUUCUUCUCCCUAGAGAUAAUCUGCUCAGAUUGCUCAAGGAGAAAAAACAACUGGGGCAUUUAGAAGCUGCUAUAAGAUAUGUGGGUUCAUUCUUCAUAGAUCAAGCACCUACUACGGCACUAUGUCUAGAAGCCGAACGAGCAAUCUAUCAUCCAGAUUGUCCCAAAGAUGCAUUCAAAGUUCAAGCAAUGCUUAUUCUUUGCCUUGGACUUGAUGGUUACACCUUUCAAGAGAAGGCCUUGGGAGUUCUUACUGAUGCUCAAGAGUUAGCAUUACAAUUGGGAAUGAACAAGAGAGAUUUUGCUUCUAUGCAUGGAAAUGGCUGGUCUAGCUUGGAAGAGAGUUGGCGUCGUACUUGGUGGGAAAUGUUUGUGGUUGAUGGGAUGAUUGCUGGCGUUCAUCAAAAGAGUUUCUUUCCUAUGAAGGACAUACCCGCGGAAGUUGGACUUCCAUGUGAAGAGAGCGAAUACAUUAAUGGAAAUAUUCCCCCCCCUCAUUCCCUCACAGACUUUGACGAUGAGGAUUUUGAACAUCGUGAUUACAGCUACUCCUCUUUCACUUAUCGUAUCUCUGCGAUUCGAAACUUAGGUCGACUAUUGACGGGAAAGAUGAUCAAUCCACAUCCUGACAGUCCCGCCGUCGAUCGUCUUGAUGCAUAUCUUGUAAACUUUCGUUUACAUCUACCAGAUAACAAGAGACAACUCGUCAGUGGUGAUGGCAAGCUUGAUGAGAUGCUGUUCCAAGCAAAUAUGAUUACAGAAGCCGCGACUAUUGUCCUCCACCGUGAGCUCUCGGAAUUAGAUAGUAGCAUCACUACUCCCAUAACCUCCUGUGCCCCUCACCAUCCUAUCAUGCCCGGUUCAAACUACAACAUCCAUGCGUCCAAAACCAUCACCGCCGCCCAAUCAAUCUCCAAACUCAUUACUCUCCCCGUCCCCUUGAUCCGCCACACACAUUUCUUUACCUGCGUCGUAACUCUUGCCUCAGUAGUCCAUCUUUCUUGUUGGUCUGUUCUCUACCCUACCCUCAAUGAUGACGAUUUGAAACAACAAUUGAAAUUAAAUACUGGGGCUCUGAAAACUUUAUGGCAAGUGUGGCCUAGUGCUGGAAGAGCAUUUGGACAGGUUAAAGGAGUAGCAAGUGAGAUUUGGCAGAGGAAAAAGGAGGUUGUGGAGAGAGGAUGGUGGGGUGAGGCUGGUGAGGAGGGGUUUAUCAGGAAUAUGCAAGAAGAGCAGGGUUACUUGGAGGAAUUACAAUUACUUGAUGCUCCUGUACAUCCGGGAUUUUAGAUGUUGUCCGUGGGGGUUUUUUGCUUCCUUGCAUUUUGCUCGGUCCCCCCUUUUUCGGUUUCUGAGGCUUUUCUUCGGAGUGUUUGUUUGGCGAAUUUCAUUUUAUGGAUGCAUCUUCCCAUUACUCCAAUUCUUACUCUGUUUGGGGUUGGUUGACUGUCAGUUCCUACUACUAUGCAGUGGGACUUAACUAGAUACCUAUUUUCCUUUUACUUUGCAUUUGGUGUUUCGUCGUAUGGACAUAAGGAAAGAAAAACUCAACACAAUGGAUGGUAAAGGGCGAGAUAAGACGAGAAGAUUGAGAAGAGAUGAAAAUAACGGCCUAUAUAUUUGGAUUUGAGUUUUGAUAUUCUUAAAUGCGGGAGGGAGGAAAGUUGGAGUUAUAUGUUUUUUUUUUCUCGUUCUUUUUUUUGGCUUGGAUAUGGAAUUGACAAUGGGAAUUGAAGAGAACGAUGAAUGGAUCGAAUUUGAUAAUGGGGUUGAUAUGAAAUGGAUACUGGAUACCAUGUUUACUUCUACCCUUGAUCUUCCUUCAAUCUUUGGAUGAAUUAUCGCUG